GACGGCCCAAGAGGGCCCCCAGACGACCCCAGAGGCGCCCAAGACACGGCUCAAGCCAUUUUGGCUCAAGUUUGGCGCAAGCACGUCAUUCUUUGAGUCAUCCGCGUAUGCGGCAGCCCAAGAUUUAGGUGCCUCUGCUUUAUUGCGGCGUUAUGCCUACGCAUCGGCUGCAAGCAUGGAGUACGAUCAGCAUCUUUUAUUAUAUGUAUCACGACGGACUGGUUAUGGGUGCAGAAAAUACUAAGUCGAAAGAGAAUGGCGCAACUGUCGUAAUUCACGUUGGACCCCCCAAGACUGGUACGAAAACAGUUCAACAAGAGUUGUGCGACCGGGCGUCCCUGCUGGAAAAAGAAGGUUGGACAUUCCUGCGCACUAAGCAAUUCGGAAGUUUAGCUAAAGGCUCGCAGGGAAAGAUUCAAGUCGUCAACGUAGCUGCGUGCUAUGACGAGAUGUUUGUGCAUUUUGUUGUAAAUCAAAACCAAACUUCUUUGGAUUGGCUAGAGUACAUUGACAAGCUCAGCGGUACCUCCCAUCACGUGGUGAUGUCUAGUGAGGCUUUCGCCCGUCGGACACUCCAGAUCGCGCAGCUCGCCUCUGAUUUAAGGCACGUCGCUACUAAAAUCUUCGUGGUUUAUCGACCUUUCUACGAAUGGAUCGCAAGCGUCUACCGGCAGCUGAAUGCAAGAAGAGGCAUUUCAAAAGCGGGUUUCGCUUCUUGGUUGACCGAUUCAGUAAUGGAGGAGUACGCAGCAAAUCUUUCUUCGACGUCAGUGUACAGUAAAUACGCGGCCCAUUUUUCUGACGUAGUGAUGCACAGCUUGAACUCCUCUCUUUUGACAAAGAUUGCGUGCGAUGACCUUGGAGCUCCGAUGGCUUGUGCUUGGUUCCGGAGAUCAGAGAUGAUACACAAAAACGUCAAACACAGAAGAUGCAACAGGUGAAUGUCUCAGCCCUGCACAGCGGCAAACAAUGGAAACCAUAUCAAUUGAUCUUCAUCGGAAGGCCUUUGGCAUCUUGGCACCUUUUCCGGCUUCCGAUUUCCAUGACCAGCUUUCCGAAUGUUUCGGCAACCGUUGAGUUAAAGCUUGGAGAGUCACGCCAGCAAAAGCCCAAUGCAAAACCGAAACCGAGAGGAUCCAGCACGCUAGGCACCUCUGCGAUGAACUUCCUUGUCCUUGCCUUAGAUGCUGUGGGCACUUCGUCGGAGGGUAGGCCCGCAUCAGCCAGACCACUGCUGCUGUUGCACCUCGCCUUGCCCUUGCGUAAAAAAAAACAGUCCAAGAGAGCCCCAACGCAUCCAAGAGGCCUCCCACGAAGGCCCCAAGAGGCACAAAUCCAUGUCUUGCCGUAGGUGUUUGGGUGGGCGGACUUCCUUGUCCUUGCGUUAGAUGCUGUGUGGCACUUCGUCGGAGGAUAGGCCCGACGUUGCCCCAUCAGCCAGACCACUGCUGCUACUGCACCUCGCUUUGCCGUUGCGCAAAAAAGAA